AUGCUGUUGCGCGUUGCUCUCGUUUGUUUCCUCGCGCUCACUGCACUGCUCAACGUUCCUUGUGAGGCGGCAACCUCGCAGCAUCUCAACAAGGUUGCGAACAUUGAUGUAGCUCGUGACGCAUUCUACUCGGGCCAAUAUCCAAGCCCUGUCCAUCAACGCGCGGCGACCGGCGCAGCGGACGAUUCGACAACAUCCUCGUCGCCCAGUCAGGCGCCCGGCCAGACAGCUUCGCCGAAGAGUUCCUGGCGCAUGAACAAUGCCAAGUUUUGUCCCAAUUCCCUUUCUCCGGCUGCUUCCACGUCCACGUCUGCAGCUGCGGCUGCGUCUACACCCGCUGUACACGCUCAGAAGCGGCAAGUAAAUCAGAGGAAGAAGCGACCCAACAAGAAUCCACCCAACAAGAAUCCACCCAACAAGAAUCCACCCAACAAGAAUCCACCCAACAAGAAUCGGGACACACUUGGGGACGACAUGAAGAAGGAACGAUACGGCGAUAAAUGCAAAGCCAAACCAGGCCUACAAUACCGUAACAGUCGCGCCAUUGACCCUGAUCCGACAUUAGAGAACACGCCUGGUGUUUGGGUGACAGGGCGUGAGGGACGGGGUCAGCCAAGCAACAGAAAGAACUGGGGAAACUGUGAGCAUUUUCUCGAAAAGCGGAUCAUCACAACUUUAUUCAUGCCAGACUUGGUAGAAUUCAUGGUCCAAGACAGGCCUGAAGCGUUUCCAAACACCGCCACUGCAGAAGCCAAGAUUUGCGUGGCACUCUUCCAGCACAGAACUGACUGGGAUGGAGGAGUCGUCAGCACUUUGAACAGCGACGGAAACCUCGUUGGCGUGCCCUCUACAAUCAAUCAGCUCAAAACCAAGAUGAUCGAAAAAUUUGUGCAAGAGAAGACGUAUACCUGGAACCCAGAGGAACAAGGUAACACCGACUUGAACAACAACAAAGCAGCACCUGGCCUGAAACAAUAUAUCACCGAUGCAACCCGGCGAAGGACUGCGGAAGACAACGCAAGAACGAUGCAGCAAACCGUUCUCAAGAUCCUGACUACCUCCGGGACGUGGAUUCCCCGUCGGACGUACGACCCUAAGCGGUGGUCCAGUCUCGGCAACGGCAUUUACGAUCAGAUCAGGGACACGAUCACUUUGAUGGAGCCAAGAAUUGCCGCAGCGCCACUUGAACAUUGUGGUAUGAAUCCGACGGGAUAUCAGAAAAGCACAACGACUGACGCCAACGCCGCUGCAGGGAGUGGUGCGAACGGUGCGCCAGCGACACCGCCCCCCGAAGAGGAAGGCGCGAUCCCUAAAAGGAGUGCCGAGACUGGCUGCUGUCCAGAGAACACCCUGAUUGGGGAAAGAUGGCGCCCUUCCAACGAGGACUUCCAGAAUAGUGAAAAACCAAAGGAUCCAAACGAUCGGUCACAAUGUCCGCGCGUCAGCUGCAAUCCUAAAUUACAAUGCUGUCGCAGGCCCGAUGGCCGCAGUAAAGAUCUACCGGACUCAACAGCUGGUCCAGGCAACAGCGUAAAGGGUCGUCGCGAGAUGCUGAGCGCCCCAGUCUUUGGCGGAAAGAUGGUCCAUCGGGCCCAGCCCGACCAAUGCAAGAAGAACAACGGCAACGAGAAUGACGCAAACGCUCCAGGACCAGCUGAUGUAGCCGCGCUUGGAAAAGCGUUGAGCGGAGGAGACAAGACGGCUGCACAGAGCCUCGCAGCGGCAGCGGCAGCAGGCGCUGUACCGGCAGCGGAAGCACUGGUCGCGGCAGCAGCAAGCGAAGCCGCGGUAGCGGCGAUCGCGGCAGUCGCGGCAGCAGUAGCACCAGAGGCGGCAGCAGCUGCUGCUGCCGCCGCGGCUGCCGCAGCACUUGCCUCAGCAGCAACAUCGGGAAGUCAGCCAGCGGCGGCGGCUCUCAUCAAAGCAGCAGCGGGUGCAGAUGGACCGGCUAAGAAAGAGCUGACAGGCAUCAUCAAGGUCCCUUUUCUGCCGGCUAGCUCGUCCGACUCUGCUUCACCAACGUCGGCAUCGGGCAUCACCGGCGUCAUUCCCCCGUCUUCGAGCUCCUCUCUUGUAGCCACCCCCACUGCAAGACCUCCUGGCGCUCCCACUUCCUCAUCUUCCAGCUCAGUCUCUACUCCUAACGCCAAGCCCACGCAGCCACCCACAGGUGAUGGGGAGGACACAACAGGCAGCACUGACAUACCUUCGGGAAACGCCGGACGCCCCAAUCGGAGGUAUAAUUGA